GGGGCGCGUGCGGCUGCGUGUGUUCCUCCUCCUUCGGUCUCGCGCUCGACGCAACAGCGCCCCCGACCACUGUCACCAUGGCUUCGGCCGGGACGGGGAUGACCGAGCGCGAGCGGGAGGGCUGCCGGGAACUGCUGGAGCUGCUCCAGACCGACGACCUGCUGGCGCUCACGGACACGGUCACCAACCGUCUCGUGCAGCCCGACAGCCGCCAAGAAGCCAUACGUGCCAUCUUACUCUACAGUCAGAGUGCUGAAGAGCUGUUGAAGAGAAAGAAGGUAUUUCGAGAGAUAAUCUUCAAGUACUUGGCAACAGAAGGAGUUAUAGUGCCGCCUUCUUCUGAAAAGCACCAGCUUGUUACUCGUGCAAAGCAGCACUGGUGUGAACAGCUGAAAACUUUUGCCUCAGAGGAAAAACAUGCUAAUACAGAGAAACCUGAAGAGGGGGAAAAGCAAGGAGGAGACAAACAAGAUGAUGCCAAAGAGUGUCACAAUCUGGGAGAGGAAUUUUGUCAGUGGUUCUUUGGAAUUCUGAACGCUCAGAACCCUUUGAUUGGAGAGCCACAUGGAGAAUGGGGGCCACAACACUUUUGGGAUGACGUAAUACUAAAGUUUUGUUACAACACUUCAGAACAAAACAUGGAAGAGUACACGGGUGCAGAAUUGGUGAGCCUCCGCUUACUGUCAUUGGUGAAAGAAGAAUACCUUUUCCUGAACCCCAACCUGAAUGCUGGUGGCCUGAGGUGGGCAAUUUCACGUCAUGGGUUAGUUGUGGUAGCAGUAGCUGGCACAAUUCAUAGAAAUACUUGUUGUUUGGGACUCUUUGAACAAAUCUUUGGACUAAUCCGCUGCCCUUUUAGGGAGAAUACAUGGAAAAUUAAGUUCGUGAAUCUAAAGAUUGUUGGUCAGAAUGCCUUGGAUCCUGGAACCCAUAUAGAAAGUCCUUGCAUAAAAUACAAGGAAGAAGAACUCAAGGAAUUCUAUGUGUCCAAGGAGCUUACCUUGGUUGAGCCUCAAAAAUUUUGAGCACUCUGUUUGCAAAAUGAAGAAGGAAAGUGUGUGGGCCCUGGAGAAUACAGCACAUAAGCAUCCUUGAGCAUUCAAAUAUGUUGUUUUCUUCUGUUUCUUAACUCAGGCUUUCUGGUUCAAUAGCAAGCCAAAGUAUAAAACUAGGGAUUUGCAGCUGGCUGUAGUGGGGCUAACUCUAGCACAUUACUUGCUAUUCCAGAGAUAAGUAGAGAAGGGAGGAAAGGUGAGGGGAUGAUCAGGUUCUCUCUCCAUUCUUUCUCCUCAGUGUGAGUUAUUGGGGAAGUAGGUGGAAAAGCAAGCACAAAUGAGAAGGAUGCAAAGCUGGGGGAAACACACCAUCAUCUUGCUUACCUAUGGCAUCUUCAUCUUCUCCUUGGCAUGGGAGUGGGCUGAGAGAAGAUGUAUCUACAGGGAUGCAAGUCUACCUAUUGCCAAAGACUAUGUAUCACUAGGUCAUUGGUUUCUGGAGGGUCUUUUUUCUUAGGGUAGCUCUUCCACUGUAAAGAUGAAGCCAGCAUUUGUACAUUAUUAUUAGUUGGGAAAUUAUGUUUCUGUUGCUUGUUCUUAAUUUGCACUUGUCACUUAGUUUAUGUUUAAAGAAGCUAAGGUAAAAUUAAAGCUACGGUUGAUUGCAAUUCAUGUAAGAUUUACUAAAUAUAUUUAAAGAGUUAAUUUUAAAUUUAGUUUAUGCACAUUCCACAAAUCCUAAAACUCAGGGUUGUAUAAAACUAAUUAUUUUUAAUUUGUAGAUCAUAUCUUCUAAUAUGUUAGUGACUUUAUUAAGCUGAACACAACCUCAAAAAGGAGCUUAACAGUAAAAAGUGCCCAGAUUCUGACAACAUGGAACAACUUCUCAUUGCUCUGAUAGGAGGGUACAUUUGUGAAAUAGUGGUGGCAUCUGCUGUUGCAAACUGUGCAUUAAUUAAUUAAUCCAUGAUUUGCUGUCAUUAUGUGUGAACCAGGUCAGUAUUUCACUUUUCUACUGUGAAUUAUUUUGAAAUUGGGUAUCUGCCCUGUUUUAACAAUUUAUCAUAUAUGAUCACUUCUUUGUAUGGCUCUUCACACAGUAACAGUUUAGCUUUGACAUAUUAUGCACUUGUGAAAUUGGAUAUACAAGAAUUCAAUUUAGGACAUCUAUUACAUCAAACGUCCUUUACUUUUAUUCAUUUUUAGUUUUUGUUUAAUCCAGUGUAAACUGCAGUCCUCUGAACGUGUGUAGAAUUGUUCCCUAAAACUUGGAUUGUCCUUAAAUUUACUGUUUACUAAAUGAAUGGCUGCACUUGAAAAUCCUAAAGUUCUUGAAAUUCUCUGGGAUGCUUUGCAUUUUCAGUUAAGAGGAAAUAUACUUUCUAAACAAAAGAAAAAAUAUAUCCACCGCAAUCCUUAAAAGUAAACAUAUAAAGCAUAUGUAUAAUUGGAGAAAUUAAAGCAAAGUACUUCCUAAACAAAAUAGACUUAUUUCAUGAAAAAGUUUGAUAAAGUCAAUAAAUCUGUU